UUUUACUCCUAUAAGAUACAAUAACGUAGGGCGCGAGGUGUCUCGCAUGUUAUUUUAAAAGUUUUUUUUUACGUGCACGUUGAAAAUGAUUAGACCACUAUUGCUUCUAGUCAUAGCUUUAUUUGUGCCGACACAUGAACAGGACACGCCGAAUUCGCCCUGUCCCAAUGUGUUUAUGUAUGAGCCGACAACUAACGAGGCAGGGAGGUGGUAUGGAGCUGUCAACCUAUCAACAGACAGCACAUUGCAUUCCUUGUGGUUGAACAUCGUAUUGGACAGCAAAGCAGACAUUUUGGGAAACUGGGUUGGAGAUGUCUCAACAACGGACAACAUGGAUUUCAAAAUUGAAAACACAAAAAUGAAAAUCCAACCAGGUCCAGCACUGUCAGUGAGGUUCUUUGUACAGUAUAACCCUCUUAAUAAAGUGCCUCGACUGCAAGCUGUUAGAUUGAAUGGCAGAGAGAUAUGCAAUGCUAACUCUCCUCAGCCAGCUAUUGACAGAGUCGACACGGUAAGGCCACCUGUCAGUAGACCCAGACCUGAGUCUAGGCCAGAAAAUUCAAGACCAGAAAGUUCUAGACCAGAAAGUUCUAGACCCGUUGAUAGGCCACUAGAGAGACCAGAAGAUAUCAGACCAAACGAAAGGCCAGACCGCCCGUUAGAACGGCCACAAAAACCAAGUAUUAGACCUGAAGAUAAACCAAUAACGAAACCUGUAUAUGGAAGACCUUCAGGAGAUGGACCAGUUUAUAUACCAACUUCUAAUCCAUCAGCGGGACAAGGCAACGCCAACCCGUACAGUAUCGGUGAUGGCCAAGUACCAGGUCAGAGCGUUACAGAAAGUCGUCCCAAGAAUCGACUGACUACUACAUCUUACCGGCCACCCGUACACAAAGAUGACGAUGAUUAUGAUAGUUCCAGCGAUCCUUCGGACUACUUCAGCGGCGGACCGCUCGUUGUGACGCCAAAUAAAGUUACCGAGGUCUUCGGAGGAGCCCAGAAAAUUAGCCAAUGCGGUAAAGUAUUGCGAAAUAACCCAAAUCCUCUCGUCGUGAACGGGAAGCCCACUUUAGAAGGACAAUGGCCAUGGCAAAUAGCACUCUAUCAUACCCAGGUGGUCGACAGCAAGUACAUCUGCGGCGGAACCCUCAUCUCUCACAAGCACGUCAUCACCGCCGCGCACUGCGUCACUCGCAAGGGAUCCAACCGCCCAGUCAACAAGAACACACUUACCAUAUAUCUUGGCAAACAUAACUUAAGGACGUCUGUUGAAGGUGUUGAAAUUCGUCUGGUAUCGCAAAUAGUAGUUCACCCACAGUACAACGCUUCUUCGUUUAGUAUGGACGCCAGUAUCUUGAAGAUGCGUCAACAAGUUGAAUACACGGAGUUCGUGAGAGCUGCCUGUCUGUGGCCCGAAGACCAAAUAGAUUUGAGCAAUGUUAUAGGAAAGAAGGGUUCCGUGGUAGGAUGGGGCUUCGACGACACUGGAAUCGCAACUGAAGAACUGACGUACGUCGAGAUGCCGAUCGUCGACACGGAGACGUGUAUCCGUUCUUACAGCGAAUUCUUCGUUAAAUUCACUUCAGAAUACACGUACUGCGCCGGAUACAGAGACGGAUCAACAAAUGAACGUACCGGGAUUAGAAAAAGUACAUCCGUCUGCAAUGGUGACAGCGGAGGCGGUAUGGUGUUUUAUAUGGGAGGCUCUUGGUACCUUCGCGGUCUUGUCUCCCUGUCUGUUGCGAGGCAAAAUGAAUUCAGAUGCGAUCCAACCCACUACGUAGUUUUUACUGACUUAGCUAAAUUCUUGCCGUGGAUUAAAAAUAAUGUCGACAGUUACUAGUUUAAUGAAGCCCUUUUUUAAAUAUUUGAUAUGAUGAUAUUUUUUUUUUAAUUCAAAAACCGCCAUGACAUAAAUAUGUGGGUUUAAUUUUUUCAUCUCAUAUUUAAAUGUAAUGUAAUUUUCUCUUUGUAGAUUCUGUUAUUUAUUAUGUGACAUUAUCAUGAUUAUGAUGUAUUAAAUUUGACAUAACGUAAUUUUAACAAUAAAAAGAAGAAUUAUACUUAUCAUGACAAAAGUAGAAAAUAAAGUAUAUUUAACAAAA